AUUAGAUAAUAAUAAAACUUUUCAUGUAUUUAAAACUUAUGACAAAAGUGAUAUUGCAAUAUAUAGAUCUAAUCAUAGAAUUAUAUCAAGAACAAUAAAUACGUUACUGAUUUCAAAUAUUGCAGAUGAUUUUAAUGAAAAUACUUUUUCUGAAUUCAACAAUAUGAAUAACAAGAAUUAUUUUGCUGAAAAUGCUCUUUUUGAAUUUAAUGAUAUGAAUAAUGAACUGUUAGUAUUCAAUGAGGUUUCUUAUUUAACAGAAGUUACUGAAUUAAAUAUAGUUGAAGCUAUAGAAGGUAAUAAAGAUGCAACUGAAACCAUAAAAGGUGCUAAAGAUAUAACAAAAGCUAUAGAAGAUAAUGAAGAUGAUAGCAAAAAGAUUUUAUACCCUAUUACAUUGAAUAUAGUUUUUACAAAUUGGAAGGAGUUAGAUGGGUAA